AUGUUCCGCAAGUUGACCAGAUUAAUAUCGUUCCUUUCUUUGGUGCAGCCAUCUAUAGGACGGGCAGUCCUUCAUGAUGAAUCUUUCCAGCCAGACCAUAUACUGCGGGUGACAGCACAGACUUAUCGUCAGGCAUGCAUGAACAGAUACUCAGUCCUGGUUAAUGGGUCCUCUCCUGGCCCAGAGCUGCGUCUGAAGGAAGGACAAGUGAGUCGGAUUCGCGUUUACAAUGACAUGAAGGACGAGAACACGACAAUUCACUGGCAUGGCUUGACAGCGUUUACGGCUCCCUUUUCCGACGGAGCACCCGCAGCAAGCCAGUGGCCCAUUCCUGCAGGUAGAUUUUUCGACUACGAAGUCACGCCAGAAGUCGGUACUGCAGGGACUUAUUUUUAUCAUUCCCACGUUGGAUUCCAGGCUCUCACUGCUGUCGGACCGCUGAUUGUGGAGCCAUGGGACCGCCCGCUCUUUAAUUAUGACGAUGAACGUACGGUUAUGCUCUCGGACUUCUUCAGCGGGACCGACAAGCAGAUUGUGGAGGGUCUAAGGUCGAGUAACUUCACAUGGAGUGGAGAAACCGAAGGCAUACUGGUGAAUGGGAAGACUCGCCAGAACACAAACGACACCAACUUGUGCGAGUUGUCUUCAAUCUCCGUUGAGCCCGGAAAAUCGUAUCUCUUGAGAUUUAUCGGGGCCACCGCGCUAUCCUUUGUCUCGCUUGCCAUAGAAAGUCAUGACAUGCAUAUUGUCGAGGCAGAUGGCCAUUACACAAAGCCGUUAAACACUUGUUUUCUGCAAAUCGCUGGCGGUCAGAGAUAUAGCGUGCUGUUGAAGUCUAAGUCCGAGGGCGACUUGAGAAAUGCCAACAGAAGACAAUUCUAUAUGCAACUCACCACUCUGGCGCGACCGGAAGUCUUGACAAACUUUGCCGUUUUGGACUACUCGUCUGGCAUUGGCGUCGACGUGACCACCGUCCCUUCACCACCGCCGCUUCCUGUUGCAAAGCUCGUUCAAGGAUGGCUUGAUUACGAAUUAGAACCGUUCCACCCAGACCAGACAUUUCCCAAGCUGGAGGAGGUCACGCGAAGGAUCAUCAUCAACGUUCACCAGAAUGUCAGCGAUCAUGUCAUUUGGCUGCAAAACGGAUACGAUUGGGUGCAAACCUUGCCACAGGCUCCCUACCUGGUCGAUAUCUACACCGGAAAGCUCGACCCUGCUGAGACCUAUCACCGAGCAAUCUCGCGAGGCAAUGGGUUUGAUAAUGUUACGCGUACCUUCCCAGCUAAGAUGGGAGAAGUCCUCGAGAUAGUAUGGCAAAACCGAGGUACUGUCAACAAUGGGGGAGUUGACGCUCACCCGUUCCAUGCCCAUGGUAGGCACUAUUAUGACAUUGGGGGAGGAGAUGGUCUAUAUAAUGCUACGGCUAAUGAGGAGCGACUACGGACAUAUCAACCUAUCCAACGCGAUACAUCUGUCCUUUACAGGUAUCGAAAGGAAACGGAACCUCUCGCCCCAUCCGGGUGGCGAGCCUGGCGCAUCAGGGUGACAAAUGCAGGAGUGUGGAUGUACCAUUGCCAUAUACUCCAACAUAUGGUGAUGGGUAUGCAAACUGUCCUUACAUUUGGAGAUCGAGGUGACAUUCUUGCGCAGAUGGGCCCUGUUGAUCCGGGAUAUUUGACUUACGGAGGAUCAGCAUAUGGAAAUGCGACAUGGGCACCACGUGUACAGCAUUGA